AGAAACUGACAAAAAUAGUGAUAGUGUGUUGCAAGUUGAUUCACAAUUGGAGAAUAUUUAUCUAACAGAGCUUUCAUUGGUUGAGAUUUUGUUUUUACCUGAAAAUAAUUUGCUUGAUCCAAUUAAAAGUAAAUUUCAUGAAAAAGAGUGGAGAUAUUCAGAGCUAGCUUGGGCUAAAGCUGAAGAAAAAAUUGUAAAUGUAAUUCCAAAAUAUUCAGAUCCAAUCAACAAGGAUAUUAAAAUAUUAUUAGAUAAAUAUAGUCGUGCUCUUGAAAAAGCAACAAAAAAAUUUGAUGUAAAUCUUAACCAACUGGCAAAUGUUAUCACUGAAAAUCCUUUUUUGAACUGGUCAUACAUUUUUGGUAAAGAUUGGCCAGUCCAAUGGAUACAGAAAAUAUAUAGUAAAUUUUUAAUAUGUUUUCAGACACCAAUAAAUCUUAUUCAUGAUAGCAAUACAUCGGAAUAUGAAUAUCAUGAUUGGAUAAUUAAUCAAUUGUGGCAAGAUGUUUUUCUGGAUGUGAAUGGGGUACUAGGGGGUACUAGGGGUGAAGUUGAGAAUGCAAGUUGA